AUGCAUUCUACCAUGAUCCUCCUGGGUGUCCUCCUGGGCCUGUUGAAUCAGGUGUACUCUCUCCCUGUUAAGAACUCUACAGGAGUACAUGAGGGAAAAGUGAGAUUGAAAAGGAAAUACUCAGAUGAGUUUCCUGAAUUUCCAGAAUGGGACGAAAUGAACGUAAUGGAUCAAAUCCUGCUGAUGAAUAGCAGGUUGCGAGCCCCUCGAGGACUGAUAUUCAAAGAGGGAGAUAUUGCCAGUUCAUACAUAAAGAGUGCUAUAACCUGCCCUGGCAAUUCCUGUCUGUGGCCUAAAUCAGUUGACGGAUUUGUCUAUGUACCAUACAUCCUCUCCCCACUCUACGACGACAUGGACAGAAUCACCAUAGAAAAUGGAAUGCAAGACAUUUCCUCUGGAACAUGCAUUAAGUUUGUUCCACGCACGCAUGAAGGCAGUUUCCUUGAUAUUCAGCCAAGAUAUGGCUGCUGGUCGUUUCUGGGGCAGACUGGGGGAAGCCAGACCUUGUCACUGCAGACUCCUGGAUGCAUGUGGUCAGGAGUGGCCGCCCACGAGUUCAUGCAUGCACUUGGCUUUGUGCACGAGCAGUCCCGCUCAGACCGAGACCACUAUGUCACAAUUGUAUGGAAAAACAUUGUCCCAGACCAGAUGCAUAACUUCAGGAAACAGCUUACAAACAAUCUCAACAGCCCAUAUGACUACAAUUCCGUCAUGCAUUAUGGAAGAUAUGCCUUCUCUGAAGACGGUGGACCAACAAUAAUCCCCAAACCAGAUCCUUACAUUCCCAUUGGCCAGCGAGAUGGACCCAGUGCUCUCGACCUUCAUAAAAUAAAUGUCCUAUAUAACUGUGGUGCCAACGAGUAGCUGGAUCCUGUCAUUCUGUCAUAUUCUGUUAAAUCCGCUCUGAGGUCAUAAUCGUCAACAUAUU